AUGAAAACCAUUUCUCUCUCUUCUCAUAAUAUUCUUCUUCUCAAACAUCACUCUUCUUCCUCAUCUUCAUCUCCACAACAACACCAUCCCCAUCAUAGCCUAAUUCACCACCGCAAUAAUAUCAAAUCUUUUCAAAACCCCACUUCAAAAAAACCAUUUUUUCACCGACCCAAUUCCUUACUUUCUCACAAUGAUACCAAACCCUCUUCUCUACCUUCAUUGAUGUUAUACUAUGCCGAAAAUGCCCUCUUUCAUCAAUCCCAAACCACAUGGGAACAACUCCUAAACAGUUCCUUCAACCCCUCUUUCAAUUUCAUUUCAAAAUUAUUCAAAUCAUACAAAAAAAAUCAAAACUUCGAUCAAAUCAUCAACGUUCUCCAUUCUCUAAAUUCAAAAAAUUCACCUUUAUUACCUCAAUUUUACUCAUUAGCAAUCUCCUCUUUUGGAAGUGCAGGAAACCUAAAAUUGAUGGAAGAAACAACCCAUGAAAUGGUUUCAAAGGGUUUUCUAAUGGAUUCCAAAACAGGUAAUGAAUUUCUCUUAUGUUACGCCGUUUAUGGUAGUUUGAAAGAGAUGGAGAAUGCUUAUGGAAGGUGCAAAAGAUCUAGGUUUUUGAUCGAGAUAAAUGUGAUUAGGGCCAUGGCUUAUGGUUACAUAAAGAAGAGAAAAUUCUAUGAAUUGGGUGAGUUUGUUAGAGAUGUUGGUUUAGGUAGGAGAAAUGUAGGGAAUCUUUUGUGGAAUCUUUUGUUGCUUUCUUAUGCUGCUAAUUUUAAGAUGAAGAGUUUGCAGAAGGAGUUUAUUAGGAUGGUUGAAUUAGGGUUUCGUCCUGAUGUUACGACGUUUAAUAUUCGUGCGUUGGCGUUUUCGAGGAUGUCGUUGUUUUGGGAUCUUCAUCUUAGUGUUGAACAUAUGAGAAGUGAAAAGGUAGUUCCCGAUUUGGUUACUUAUGGUUGUGUUGUGGAUGCUUACUUGGAUAGGAAGCUUGGAAGAAAUUUGGAGUUUGUUUUGCAUAAAAUGGAUGUGGAUGAUAGGCCGAGAUUGUCGACGGAUCCGUUUGUGUUUGAGGUUUUAGGUAAAGGCGACUUUCAGUUGUUUUCGGAAACGUUUUUGGAGUAUAAGAGAGAAGAACAGAAAUGGAGUUAUAGGGUUUUGAUAGGGAAAUAUGUUAAGAAACAUUAUAGGAUGGAUCAUAUAUUUUGGAACUACUAA